GAAUUAUUGACUGUACCUCUCUUCCUCACCUGUUUCAAGAAUCAAGAAGAGAUAGUGAAUAUAGACAACCAAGAAAACAGCACAUAAAGUGUAAAAGCUCACAAACAAUUGGAGAAAGCCCAGAUCUCAUACUCUCUCUCUCUCUCUCUCUCUCCAAGACUCUCCCAAGAGAUUGGAUUUAAUUUAUACUUACAGGAUACCUUCUCUGUAAUCUCUUCAAUUAAUAUAAACAACUAUCCUUUGUGUUUAUCAUGCAUGUGCAUGUCUGAACAAUCACAGGUACAUGGUUUGGAUUGCAUGAGACACAAGAAUUUCAUUUCCAUCUUGGAAGAAAGAUUCACUCUUUGCCGAUUCGCUGUAAUCAGCCUGUUUCCGCAUAUUGUUCUAUUGAAGAGCUUCUGAGUUUUGGUUAUCUGCUGAAAUUCUUGAGUCGCUGUAACUUUGGUGGAGGUUUGUACCCGGAAAUGAGGGCAGUUAUUCGGGCCGUAAAGAAAUUUAGGCCUGCUUUUCGAGGGAACUCCAUUUUUGGUGAAGCUGCAAGGAAACAAGAUAUUUGGUUCGAUAUGAAUAUCCGUUCUUUAUACAGCUUAUCAAGAAAUGUAGGCGCUUAUCGAUGUAGACAUCCAUCUUACAUGAUCUCCAGAGUUAUUUCAGCUGAUGCCACUAAAGUAACUAAUGAAGAAGUAAGCAGAGAUGGACCACUCGUGGAGUAUGAGAGGAGGAUAGCUGCUGGUGAACUUUUGGAUGGAGACGCUUGCCAACAAGGAACCUUAGGAGAGCUUCAGAGCCUGUAUGAUGAGCUUGUUGCAAACGCAGAAGCUUGCCGGUUGGAUAGAUAUGCAACUUCGGAGAAAGCAGGGAGGAGUAGGUGGUUGUGGUCGCGUUUCAUACCCCAAACUUCGUAUGCACCCGUUAAAGGACUUUAUCUUUAUGGAGGAGUUGGCACCGGCAAGACUAUGUUGAUGGACUUGUUCUAUGAUCAGUUGCCUUGCAACUGGAGGAAGAAGAGGAUCCAUUUCCACGAUUUCAUGCUAAAUGUUCAUUGCCGUUUGCAAAAGCACAAGGGCGUGGCAGAUCCUUUAGAAGUUGUUGCCGGAGAGCUAUCAGAUGAUUCUAUCUUGUUAUGCCUCGAUGAAUUCAUGGUAACGGAUGUGGCCGAUGCCUUAAUUCUAAAUCGCCUAUUCAGACAUCUAUUUAGCAAUGGUGCUAUUCUCGUUGCUACUUCAAAUCGAGCACCGGAUAAUCUUUAUGAAGGAGGACUACAGAGGGACCUGUUUCUUCCUUUUAUCGCCACUUUAAAGGAAAGAUGUGUAGUUCACGAAAUCGGUUCAUCUUUGGACUACCGGAAAAUGACAAUGGCAGAGCAAGGUUUCUAUUUUGUCGGCAGACAUUUGUCCAGCCUUCUCAACCAAAAAUUUCAACAAUUAAUUGGAGAACAUGUAGCUACUCCACAAGAGGUUGAAGUCAUUAUGGGCCGAAAACUGCAGGUUCCACUGGGCGCCAAUGGAUGUGCAUAUUUUCCUUUCGAGGAACUGUGUGACAGGCCUCUUGGAGCUGCAGACUAUUUUGGUUUAUGCAAGAAUUUUCAUACGCUGGCUUUGGAAGGUGUGCCGAUUUUCGGGCUCUCCAAUAAGACAGCUGCAUAUCGGUUCGUCACUUUGGUUGAUGUUAUGUAUGAGAAUCGGGCUAGAUUAUUGUGCACUGCUGAGGGGAUGCCGGUCGAACUUUUCGACCGAAUAGUGACAAUAGCUGAAGCUAAGCAAAUGGCACGCAGAACUUCUUCAAGAUCAACAAAGUCUGAUGUUUCCGACGUUUGCGUGGACAAUGAAUUGGGGUUCGCCAAAGAUCGCACCAUCAGUAGGUUGACAGAGAUGAACAGCAGACAGUACUUAGAGCAACAUGCUGAAAUGUUGGCAGACAAGCAAGCAGCUGUUGCAUGAAAAUUUGUUGUAAGAGAAUACCUACAGUCUUCGGUCUCAGGAACUAUACACAGUUCUACAAUUACAUACUUAGAGCAGCACCAGAAUCUUGGCAUAGAGGAGAACCACAGCAAAGUGAUGAACAUUUGCAAAUAACAGUGUCCAACGGUACGUCGUCGUUCCAUUUUUCGUUUUUCUUGAUAAGAAAUGUAGAUCAAGAUGGAAUCAUCGCAGCAUACGCAAGAAUCGAUGAAUCUACUCUCGAAAAAUCAUCCAUAACAAUGCCGGGAUCGGCGAAUACAAGUUUACAUGUGACUGACAGUAUUGAAAAAGACUCUUUGAAGAGAUUACAACAGUUGUAUAGGAAGUCUCAGGUAUUCUGUCAUUUCUCAAUUGCUAAUUAUAUAAAAAGAAGCUCACUGCC